AUGUCAAGAAACUCCAAAGAUGUUACUUUGAGAACUAGCGACGGCAGCGUCCUGAUUUCCAGAGAUAAACUGAUAUCGAAGAGUCAGUACUGCAGGAGUUAUUUCCAGGGCGACUUCAAGGAAAAAGAUGCAGACUUCAUUAAUUUUCCCGAAUACUCCAUCAAGAUUGUCAAAAAUGCAAUUCACGAAAUCUUCGAGUGGGACAAUCUUGCUGCUUCACUUGCUUUCGCGGACCAAUAUGCCUUCAUGGAUUUUAUUAAAAUCGCAGAAAUAGAAAUUUGCGAUACGGCACUUCACGAUGAUCUGCACGAGCACCAGUUGGCGUAUCUUGCUGAGCUUUCUCUUCGCUAUUCACUUCAAGAAGCCUUUGUGCCGCUCAUCAAGACGUACCGGUUGAGAAAAUUAAGUAUGAAAGAUGGACCAAUAUCAAUCAUUUCGGAGAUGUUCACGAUCAAGAAGAAGGCCUUCUUUUUUGGAGGAUACAAUCAGGAGCCAUACGAGUAUAUUCACAAUAUGCCCAUAAAUGAUGUCGUCGAUAGGGAAAUUAAAAAUACAAACAGUACUCCUUUCUUUCAUACAGAGCCGGAAAGUAGCUCUCAUCGAAGCGAUAGCAAUUGCCGCUGCUGUCGUCACCAAUGGAACAUGCUUCAGCGACAACAUUCUAGCGCCAUGUCACAGAAACUUCCCCGAAGCAAUAUGGAAGGAUACCGAGUGACGGCUUCAAACGGACAAGUCUGGCUAACGGGUGGAUUUGACGUGGGCACCUUGCAACAGUUGAAUCACUGCUUCACUUUCGACGGACAAAGCUGGAGUCAGUUUCCAAACAUGAACCAAGGUCGCUUCUUCCACGCCACAUUUGCCUUCAACUACGUUCUCGUCGUUGUUGGCGGCUAUCAACGGGAGAAAGUGCUUUCGUCGGUGGAGAUCUUGAACUCAUCGACGAAAUCGUGGCGUUUCGGAGCUCCCAUGCCUCUUGGUGUUGGCGGUGCUGCUUUUGCAUCAAAAGACGAUUCGCUAUUCAUCUGCUGCGGCCAGUACAGUGUCCAUACAGUACACACGACGGAUAAGAUUCAAAGAUACAGCUUGAAACGGGAUCAAUGGGAUGUCUUCUCCAGAUACAUCUCGCCCGUUUUCUUCCCUUUCUCGGAAAACGGCAUGGGCGCCGCUAUUUUGCAAAACAAACUUUACAUUCUAGGCGGGCAAACAGUCAGAGUUGAUGCUCUCGAUCUUGAAACUCGCGAGUGGGAGAGACAAAAUGACACGCACGAGAAACGAAUGGACUCACAAGUGUUUGCCUGGGGAGAUGAAAAACUCAUCGUUUGCGGCGGAUACGACUACACAAAUGGCCACUAUCACGACAGCAUUGAGGAGUUCAACAUCAAUAGCAGAAAGUGGCGCACGAUUUCGGCCCGAACGAACGAUGCUGGCCGUCGUGGCUCGCUGGGCUCUGGAAUCAUUGGCGGCCUACUGCAGUUUGCCUCGCCCAAGUUCGCCUCGCCAAUGAGCUCGAUGGUCAACGGCUUCAGUGCUGAGUACGAGUCGAUUCCGGACAUUCACAGGACUGGCAACGAGUCUGCAGCCAAAAUCCACAAACUCAGCUAA